AUGAACAUUGAAAGUGCUGCAGUGAAUAUUCUCAAGCGUGGAGUUGAAUUAGAUACUAAGAAACGAUACACAGAAGCCUUAGUAUGUUACCAAGAGGGCUUACAAAUUUUAGUUGACAAAAUAAAAGGCGAACAUGAUGAUUCUAAUAAAACUUAUCUACGAAAAAAAAUAGAGGAAUAUAUGAACAGAGCAGAAGUUAUUAAGAAAAUGGUAUUGCAACAGAAAGAUGCUGGCCAAUUUCACGAACAGGUUCACAUUGAGAAUAACUCUACAGGUCAUAGUUAUAAGGCAUUAUUUGGAAGAUUCCUAGAUGACGAUGUUGAAUUUGUUGUAGUUGAAGAUCCUUAUAUUCGAAGUUUUCACCAGUGUCAAAACUUCCUUAGACUAUGUGAGCUCUUAGUCCGUUCUUGUACAAAUUUAAGACAUAUAGAACUAGUUACAUCUAAAGAUAGUAAAACUGAAGAUGAGCAGAGAAAGUGUUUCACAAAUUUAGCCAAUGACUUGUUAAAGUACAGGGUUCAGCUUAUUGUCAGGUUCUCAGAAACAUUACAUGAUCGACAGAUUACGUUAGGUUCCGGAUGGAUUAUAAAAAUAGGAAGAGGCCUGGAUUUCUUCAAAGCACCGGAGAACAAGUUUUGUCUGGGUGUUUAUGAUUUAGAUCUACGCCCAUGUCACGAGACGACAGUGGACAUUGUGCACUCGAAGAAUGUGAAACAAUCUUACGGAUGA